AGUUAGUGUGGGUCGCCCGUUGCGGAUGAUAGUACCCGCGAUCGGAGUUCUAAAUUUGAAUGAGAAAUUUAACGAGUAAAAAAUUUGUGAAUGGUCAGUGUUAAUAAUUUUGUUACAUUCAUAAAUCAUUGAAUGAGGAUUUUUUUAUUUUUUGUAUAAGCUAAAAAGGAGUUCUGUUACAUCGACCAUGGCGUCCAAACACAACACAUGAUCAAUUAUCAUCAAUUCUUAGACAUAAGGCAGAAAUAUGUUUAAUUAGCCAUCUGAGUAACAGACACUUAGUCAUAUGCACAGAGAGGCAUCAAACGUCUUAGAUUCCUUGAAACUACGGCUUAAGUUGCUGCAACGGACGAGAACCUACGUUAAAGUUAUAGAAUUCAUAAAGAAAGACGCUAUACGGUAUUUGUCGAAAUACAUAACACAAGACAUAAAAUAUUAUGAACAUAUUCAUAGGUAACGACUACCACUCGAAGAAUCUGGUCAAGUUGAAAUCUAUUUGAUUUGAAUCGAUUGCAAUAGCUAACAGACAAUAAUUACCGGUUCGUUUAGUUCUAUAGACGUAAACAAUAGGCCGUUAAUAAUCGAUAGAAAAAAUAUAGUUCAAAAAAAGAACGCAAGAUGGCGGCUAAAGCUGAACCGAUCGGUCCUCGCAAUGGACAUGAAUUGGCGCCUUUAAAUACUAGAGCUGAUGGCAGCGAGAGGCCACAUGGGGUUACUAUUGUGCUUCAAGGAUCUAGGAAUUCUUUGCAACGAGAAGCACCGGAUGAGGACAGGGCUGCGUGGUCAGGAAAGCUGCAAUUCUUCCUGUCAAUCAUUGGAUAUUCUGUAGGGCUUGGCAACAUUUGGCGCUUUCCGUACUUGUGCCAACAGAAUGGAGGAGGUGCCUUCCUGAUUCCGUUUCUUAUAAUGUUGAUACUGGAGGGCAUCCCGCUCUUUCUGAUUGAAAUGGCAAUUGGGCAGAAGAUGAGAUUAGGCUCCCUUGGGGUUUGGAACACCAUCCACCCAUGGCUCGGCGGCAUCGGCAUAUCAAGUUGUGUUGUGACAUUGUUUGUUGCAUUAUACUACAAUGUUAUUAUCACUUGGGUGUUCUUCUAUUUGUUCAACAGCAUUCGGUUAAGCGCCGACUCUCUCCCCUGGGCCCACUGCCCGCAAGACAACGGGACAGCAGAAGAGGAAUGCUCCAAAGCAUCUGCCACCGUGUACUACUGGUAUCGCGAGGCGUUGGACGCGUCGCCCAGUAUCGAAGAGCCCGGCGUGCCUAGAUGGUGGAUCGUAUUAUAUCUCUUGUUAGCUUGGAUCAUCGUGUUCUUUAUUGUUAUGAAGGGCAUUCAGAGCAGUGGAAAGGUGGUAUACUUCACAUCGCUAUUUCCGUACGCAGUUCUUACAAUAUUUUUCGUUCGCGGUAUUACGCUCCCGGGGUCUGCUGAUGGUAUCCUCCAUAUGUAUAAACCUAAGCUGGAGAAACUUCUCGACCCCACGGUGUGGCUGGACGCGGCCACCCAAGUGUUCUACUCGUUCGGUCUCGCGUUCGGUUCGCUUAUCGCAUUCGGUUCGUACAAUCCGCCGAACAACAACUGCGUGAGAGACGUGCUGCUGGUGUCCGUGUGCAACGCGCUGACUGCGAUAUACGCGUCGGUGGUCAUCUUCAGUAUACUCGGCUUCAAGGCGUUCACUAUGGUUGAGAAGUGUAUCACCAAGGAGAUAAAGGUGCUAGCCAUGCACCACGUCGGCGGGUUCACUCUGAACUCCACGCAAGAGUACUAUGAAGAGAACUUUCCUCGCCUCAGCGACAAUAUAACAUCUUACCUCAACCUUACUGGAUGCACCAUGAGCAGGCAGUUGGAUGAGGCAGCAGAGGGCACAGGUCUAGCCUUCAUAGUGUUCACUCAGGCUAUCCUGAAGCUCACACCAGCUCCGUUUUGGUCAAUUAUCUUUUUCCUGAUGCUUCUUUCGUUGGGUCUCGGGAGCCAGAUUGGGAUCAUGGAGGGAAUGCUGUGCACCAUCUUUGAUAUAGACUUCUUCAAGCGGUUAAGCAAACCAGUUAUUACAGGCGUUGUAUGCACGUUCUGCUUCUUUGUGGGUCUGAUCUUCACGACCGGCGCUGGCGAGUACUGGCUAAAGAUGUUCGACUCGUUCGCUGGCACCAUUGGCCUUGUGGUCGUCGCCUUGCUGGAGAUGAUAUCCGUCAUUUACAUUUAUGGACAUGAGAAGUUCACAAACGACAUCUACGAGAUGACGGGCUACCGGCCGGGCGUGUACUGGCAGGUGACGUGGCGCUACGUGGGCCCCUUCAUCGUCAGCUGCAUCCUGCUCUCCUCGCUGGUCUUCAUGCUCAUCAACCCGCCCACCUACGGCGCCUGGAAUGCUGCUGAGGGUCGCGUGGAGAAAACCCCGUACCCGAACUGGGUGCUCAUCAUCGCCAUCCUCAUGAUCCUCGCCGGCAUCCUCCCCAUCCCCGUCGUACUGCUGCUGCGACGCUUCCAGUGCCUCGCGCUGGAUGUCGAUAUCCACCAAGGGUCCAUCAGGAGAAUUGAGACUACUGUGUCCACUAAGGAGAUGAUGAGUGAUCAGGAUGUGAUCUCUCCGGAGAGCGCGCCGCCCGCACCGGCGCAGCUGGUCGCCGACGCCGCCACCAGGUUCACUAUUGGAGACUUUGACUCCUCAGAUUCGGAACAAGGCGAGGUGCGCGCGUCCGGCACGUGCGACGGCUCGAGCAGUAGUGACGACGACAUUCCAAAUACGAAAAAGAAAUUCUCGCCCAUUCCAGGAACUAGGUUCGCCUUGAAGCCCAUUGGUCUAAAACCAACCACAUUCAAAAUGGACGUCGUUGAUGAUUGACCGUUAUUUUUUAUUUAUCUGAUUCAAGCGUGUACACAUUAUUUUGUGUAUAUUACGUUGAAUUUGUUACUUAACAUAUUUAGGUAACAGAACUUUUUACCUAGUUUGAGGAGACGUUUCUAGUGCUUGUUUUUGAACGAAAGACGGUAUUCAAGAAAUGGCGCGUUCGCGCCUUUUUGUAUCUUCCAGAUUUUAUUUAAGACUUUUACUUGUUUAAACAUUUUAUUUGUCGUCGUAUUGUAUAUUUUGCAAUACUUUAGUAACAGAUAAGUUUUCAUAACAAAAUCACAAUUUUACGUAAAAUUCAUUUUGAAACUGUGAUUGCUAUUUAUAAUAGAUUACACGAAUAGCAAUACACAUGUUAGUUUAAAAAUACAACUGAUCUAUUUGGGAAUCAGUUAAGGUGUAACUAUAGCGAAAAUAAUUUAUUUACUAGAAAGUCAAAUUUGGCCAAAGUCGAAAUAGAAUAUCGAAGACUUAAGUCGUUGUUGAAACAUUUUGCUUUUAAAAAUAAUUUCACUAUUUCUAUCGGAGCUAAGCUGAUAUCAAUACUCGUUGUAAAAACUAGAGAAGUUAAGAAAACUGCGAUUUGUAAAUAAAUAUUAGAUACGUUAGCUUGUAAUUCGUAAUUUAUUGCCUGGAUUUCGUGCCGUUGACUAUUAUGAUAUUUGGGAUUACAAUAUGUCGAACAAUCUACCAUAUGUAAAAUUUGUUUUGGUUACAACCGGAAUGAAAUAACAUAAAGUCAAACGAUCAUACAUACAUGAUGUUUUAUGUUCAGUAAUGCAAAUACCUAGGUAAAAGUUACGCGAGCUUGUCAAACUCGUCUGUGUGGACCCACCUUUACAUCUGGUGAAGAAAUUUGCAAUUAAAAAUAUAUUGGAUUAAAUUAUUAACUUAUACUAAACUUAAAGCAUGAAACAAAUAUUAUGUCCGACGCAAUAGUCCCGCUUCCAUACUAUGUGAAUUGAUUAAAUAGUUACCUAGAUCAAACGUAUACCUAAUAUAAAAAGAAAACUGGACUAAACAUGUGCCUAGUGAAUAACAAAAUUUGAUACUAAAUAAUUUCUUUCUAAUUUCUUUCUAACUAAAGCAAUAGGUGUCAAUGUAUUUGAUUUAUAAUCACUGUUAUUGGUACCAACAUUUUAUUCUUUAUUUAUACAUUAGGUAUCAGUUUUCAAUGUUGCGAUUCGAAUUUCGAAACGUAUUCGUUUUUUUAGUCUUUAUCUUAAAACCGUUAUAAUCACUUUUUAUAAUUCGAACAAAAUAUAUUUUAAAUUUAUUAAU